AUGGGCGCAUCCAACAAGAUGCCGGACGAGCUAGACGAAGCGCACAACAGAGCGGGCUUCAUUUUCAACCAAGACGACGGCGGCCUUCGAGCCACACACGAAGACAACUCUCCAGCUGACGAAAUCUACUAUCUGGGAGUGAUCGACUGCCUGACUCACUACGGAAUGAUCAAAAAGAUUGAACACUUCUGGAAGGGCUUAACAAAUGAUAGAAAUCAAAUCUCUGCCACCCCUCCCAGUCAAUACGGAGAUCGUUUCUACCAUUUUGUGGAGGGCAUCACUAUGUCACCAGAGCAAGCUGCCCGCGAGAAGCAACAAAAGCAAGAAGAAGAGGCAGCGGCUGCUGUUGUGAGCGAUAACCAGAAUCAACGUGUCUCCAGCUGGAGAAGCUCAAACUCCCGGCGACGAUCCAACUCGGCGUCAGCGCCUCCCAUGCCCUCCCAUCAACCGCCGCCAGCCCCUCUGCCAAGUGGACAAAUGUCUCCCGAGGCGCAGGAGGUUAUCGAAAAGGCUGAGCUCGUGGCACAGAGGUCAGCGGAGCGUGGUGCGUCGGAAGAGUCUGUUCCAGACAAGGUUAUGACGACGACACCAGCACCCGACAGACGGGAAUCCGGACAGACGCAGCCAGUCCUGCCUGUUGUCGAGGAAGCUGCUGAAUCACACUCGAUUGGAGGACGCAGCCGCGAUGGGGACGACGAACAUAGGGCCUGCAACGCCGGCAAAGCCUGAUUUCUUGAACAAGUUGCCGGGGUUCAGGAAUUACGCUCCUCCCACGCCACCAAAGACUGGCCUGAAGCCUGAGAGUCAGGACAGCGGAUACGGUGCCAUGACGCAGUCGAGAAGCAAUGACUCCAAGUCCUUCAGCCAAGAUGAGUCGUUCGGGCUCCAACCAAGGCUAAGCAAAGACUCUUUGAACAAGGAUCUGCCACCUCUGCCUGGCGAGACUGUGCCCGAAACCAGAGCUCAACUUGGCCUUGCAUAGCGAGCGAAGCAUGACAAGUAUUCUGUGCGAGCCAGGGCAGUGAAAGGCAUCCCACUGGUGCCGACAGCUUGAGCCUUCUGUUGCAUUCCCCAUCAUUGCAGGCAAGUCAGCUGUUGCUGUCAUCGACAUGCGCCAACAUGGCGUCCUUGCUGGGGGCGACCAAGCGAAAGUUCUUCAUCUACCAUUUUCUUAUUGUUCCUUUUGUCUCCGUACUGCGCAUGGAUGAUACCACCGCUGCACCAACCUUUCCUUGUUUUUUCUAAUGUAACAACUGUAAUGCCCAUGGCGAACUGAGCACGACAUGGUUUCAGGGGUGGCAGAGCAGGAGCGAUUAGUGAGCUACAGAGCGCACAGCAUAGGCCAAAUUGGCAGGUUAGUCAAGGAGUCGGGAUAGCAGGUGGGAUUUUCCAUAUUUCUAAAUAGAUGACUUGACUCAUUCGUCUUC